GAGAGGUUUAUCGUUGUUCGGGAGCCUGACGGCACUCUUCGAAAGGCCACCUGGGAGGAGCGAGACCGCCUCGUUCAGGUUUACUUCCCCAAAGAGGGACGCAAAAUAAUGGCACCACUCGUCUUCAAAGAGGAGAAUCUCAAGAUUGUGUUUUCUCAGGACCGCCAUAAAGAAGUGUUAGACUUAUGUGUGGUCCAGUUUGAACCUGACAGUGGAGACUACAUUAGUGUGCAUACAGCCGUAUACGAGGACCUGGACAAGCACGACAAAUAUGAGUUGCUGCGAUUCACCAGACAUUUUGGAGGCAUGGUUUGGUAUCUCAUCAAUGCUCGCAGGAUAGACGGACUUUUAGUGGACAUGCUGAAGAAGGGGCUGCUUCAGGAUGCUGUGAGUCUUGUGUCUCUGUUCCACAUGGUCCAUCCCAACAGUGUGUCAGCUCAGGAAGCUGCCAGGCAACAGAUCACUGGUACUGACCAGCUUAAGAUUUAUGCUGAGACUGAGUCCCAAAGGUCAGGCUUCAUCAAGUUGGCUCUGCAGGCGUUCGAGGAUCAGGCUGAAGACAAAGAAUCAGCUGCCUAACAUCCCAAACAUUCAUUCACCAUGAGGAAUGACAAAAAAAAAAAAGGCAGAACUGGUUUUGGAAUAUAUGUCAAACAUGACUUUUGAUGUUCUGUCUCAGCAUGAGUCCAAGAUGCUAUUCCGUUGAAAAAUAUCUUUAUACUCUGCAGCCAUCCAUCUGAAAACUUACUAUGAAACAUGUUGUCUUUUAGAGAGAUUUUGUCUCUCUGUAUUUCAUUGAUGUCAAUGAAAAAAAAUACAUGUACAAUAAAAUAAAAUUAGGUUUUAGACCUGAAUAUCAUGUU